CUCAUGUUUUCAAAAUACAGGGCUGGUGUUUCCCAUCAGUGCCAAACACAGCAUGAAUUCUUCAGAGGUGAAGUAUAUUUCAGUUUCUUCUCCCCACACUUGCAACAUGAGUGGAAACUGUUCUCCUCCAAGCCUCACAGAAGCAGAUUUCUACCUUGCCAACUGGAAAAGGCCUUCUGUAAGUGAAGAGAGCUUUACUCCCAGUCUGCAUGACUCUCUAGAGUCUGACUCUGAAAGCCUCGUUCAAGAGAGGCAGUACCAGUUAGAGCUCCAGCAGCGCAUUGACGAAAAUGAAGAGCUGGGAGAACUGUGUGCAGAUGAGUCGGAGAACGACAGCUUAGAAGGGGAUAGUUUGGAGGAGAUGAUAUUAAAAGAAGGACUUGAGGAUGACACAGAUCAGUGUACAAAUGGAAUACAAAAGAAUGAAGGUGAUGGAAGGAAACAUCAGACUGUGGACAAAUAUUUCAGCCUAAGAUACAACCCAAACUGGAAGAACACAAAAGAGGUGGCAGAAUUUUCUGAGUCAGAAGCAGCCUGUCAGAUUGCUGCAAGGAGCAGCAUGGACUUUGCACAAGAUGCAUUUUACCUCCGUUCUGAUGACUUUUCAGAAGAAAAGAAUCAACAGGAGGUGAAGUUACAAGAUUCAUUUUCAGAGUUUAGUACAAAAUCACCAAACUUUCAUAAAACAAAUGCUGUGGGCAGCAAGGAACCCUUUAGGCUACAUACCAAAGGCAAGGAAUCUGCAGGUAGUUGUCACUUCAAAGCUAGUCCCAGUGGUUUUCAGACUCAAGAAGAUCGACCACAAAAAGCAAAAAUAGACUUUGUGGCAAAAAACAAACAGACUUUAGGAUUACCUUCAGAGAAGAUAAAUUCCUAUCUGCAGUUGCACAGUAAAAAGCAACAGGUUCUCCAAGAACAGGAUCACCAAAAUAAGACUUCCCAGAGAAAUAAAAUCAAAUACAGACAGAGCCCAAAGAGAGCUUUCUCAGGGAGUCAUAGCCAGCAACCACCAGGAAGACCAGCAGAACCAAAGCCUUGGUGCCACCAAAUAUCAGAAUUCCAGGCUGCUCCCAUGCAAGCAGUGAAACAAAGCCACAGCAGCACACUGCAGAAAUGGCUGGGUGCAGGUCCUUCUGUUGGCCUUCACACUCAUACAGUAGCAAAUUCAGAUACCUGCCUGAAUGAUUUCUCAAAUUCUAGACAUUUUGUUAAUCAGGAUUUUACCACAUCUGCCUAUCCUUUUCAGCCAACACUGUGGAAAUUUAACCCAGCAGAGGCUGUAUCUCCACCAUAUAUCAGCACGGAGAGAAAAAAGUACCAGCAUGAUUCUCCAAAUGGGCUUCCACAGGACCAGCAUCAUUCAUUCAGCCAUGUCACUGUACAGCCUUUUGCAAGAGGUAACAGUACCAAUGGUCAAGCACAUCUAAAUCAGAGGAAUAUUCCAUCUCCUUUCAAUGCAAACUUCCAAGAAUGGCUGAUGGAGCAAGCAUCUCUUCAGGAUCGCAAGAGACAUACUUCUGUGGAUGAAAGGCCUUCUCAACCUUCUAUACACAGCUCACCAACAGCUCCUGGUACAACCUCCCAUUUCACACCAAUGUGUGAGCAACAUCACCACAAAAUCAGUGGUGUGACAGAAGCUCACCUAGCUGACAGGCACAUGUUCAGCCUAUUUUCAGCCUCAGUCCCACAGGCAGAAAGUGGUUCAGAGCUUGGUCCAGAGAGUGGUGAAGGAAAUCAAGUGCGAAUGAGCCGAAGCAACUCAGAAGGGUAUCUCAUGCUGAUGGAAAAGCAAAAUCAGCCUAAAGUCAGCAAGAAGCCCCAUAGCUCAAAGGCCUUCAUAAAUCUGAAUGUGAAGCUUGGAGGCCUUGGACCUGACUAUGAAGCAAUCAAAGAGAAAAAAGAGAAGUUAAAGCAACAAAAGGAAUAUGCAAAGCAGAUUAAGGAACACAAUAUGAAAAGCAUUGCUUCGGUUCAGAGGUUACCUGCAAAACCCCAGCUUGUGUCUUCAGUGUCAAGGCAGAAGGCACUGGAAUAUGCUAAGAAGAUUCCUAGACCAAGGACUUUCAUGGCAAGACAAGCAGAUGAAGAUGUGAAAGAGCAAAGAGUUCUGCCACAGACUUUAAAUGAAGACACUUUACCUCAAAUUGCACCCUUGGAGUCUUUGCUAAAUCGACACGAGAAGGAGAAGCAAAUUGUAGCUGCUUUUAGAACCCUUCAUAUCCUAUAAGUCUUUGGAAAUUGUUAGGGAUGCCCUCAAGGCAGAAAUGUCUGAAGUGUUUUCUGGUGAACUGUGGCUCUCACAUACAGAUUUACCAUUCCAGUGAAGUGCAAAGUUCAAUCAUUGUUAAAUUUUAGAUUCAGUUCAGCAAUAGUUAAUGUCAAAAGA